UUUUAUCAGCUGUUCAUGCAAAUUGUUUACUUCGCUUGGAAGCUAUUCCUUCGCUUAAUUAUUACAAUUCUCUUCAUUAUGUUCUUAUCUGUCGUUCUUUGUUGACGCAUUUGGAAACGUAUACAAAAUUCUAACAUUUAGAAAAGUGAACGGACAGAGAAGAGCCGCAAUUGUAUGGGAAAAAGUGUACACGCGUCAAAGGCUCAUCGGCGAACAUAUGUAUUAAGUUUCGGUUAGAAAAGUAAAAUAAAUUUCGUAUUACCAUACGCCGUAUAAAAUUGUUAAAAAGAUACAAAACAUAAGCGCUGAAUUUUUGGUGGACGCAGCAGGUGGGCGUAUGGUACACGCGUGGUGUUAAAAUGGUUUUCUUUUGCGAUUGCUUCAACGGUGGCUAUCAACAGAUUGAUGCGGCCAGACAAGGAUCACGUCUAGGAGUACGACAUCUGCAAUGCUUCCUUGCCUUUUGCGGGCUGGCAAUCGCUUAUGCUUUGCGUGUUAAUCUCUCUGUGGCUAUAGUGGCGAUGACCGAUCGGAAUGGAACAAAUCCUGCAUUUGAAGAAUACGAUUGGGAUGAAAGCGUUAAAUCUUAUCUUCUCAGCAGUUUCUUUUGGGGCUAUGUGGUAACACAAGUGCCUGGUGGUUAUCUCGCUCAUCACUAUGGUGCAAAAUAUACCUUCCUUUUUGGUGUUCUCAUUUGCUCUUGCCUCGCUAUUUUGACACCCGUUUGUGCCAGAAUAGGAGAUUGGCCUUUGGUGCUAGCGCUGCGUGCCACUCAAGGUCUAUCACAGGGCAUGAUCUUCCCAUCGACUCACACAUUCCUCUCAAAGUGGGCACCAGCUGAGGAACGUGCUCGACUUGUUAGCUACUGUUAUUCCGGUUCGCAAUUCGGCACCGUGGUUAUGCUUUUCGUUAGUGGUUACAUAGCCUCUUCAUGGCUUGGCUGGCCUAGUAUAUUUUAUCUGUCCGGUAUCGUGGGCAUUUUAUGGUCAUGCGUUUGGUUUUACUACAGUUCUAGCACACCAAAUGAACAUCCAUCGAUUAGCGUAGCCGAGUUACGUUACAUUGAGUCAUCAGGUCAAACACGUCGUCCUUCGGAUGCUGGGCGCACUUCAGAUGUUCAAACUCAGGCGCACAAAGUGCCGUGGGCUAAAAUGUUCACUUCGCCGCCAUUUCUCACGCUAAUUUUCGUACAUUCUGCAAAUAAUUGGGGGUUUUGGACUUUACUCACCGAAAUACCGACAUACUUGAAAAAUAUACUCGGCGUGGAUAUACGCAAUAAUGGACCUCUCUCCGCGCUGCCAUACCUUGCGAUGUGCCUGCUCUCAUAUGGUUUCAUCUUCUUGGCAGACGUACUAAAUGCACGCAAUCCAAUGCGUUUGUGGGUGUCACGCAAGCUUUUCAACACCAUCGGUCAGUGGGUGCCUAUGGUGGCAUUGAUUGGCUUGGGUUACAUCAAUGCGGGUGGUAGUGUUAAAUUGGCUAUAGCUUUGUUGACCAUAGCUGUGGGAGCUAAUGCGGCCACCUAUCUCGGCUCGCAAGUGAAUCAUAUUGAUUUGGCGCCAAAUUUUGCCGGUACAAUGAUGGGUAUUACGAACUGUGUGGCAAAUGUAAUAAGCAUAAUUGCACCGCUCACAGUUGGAUUGAUUGUCACAGAUGAGAGAAACCCAGCACAAUGGCGUAUUGUGUUUUAUGUGAGCGCAUUCUUUUACUUUGUUGGUAAUCUGUUCUUCCUUAUCUUUGGACGUACGAGCCCGCAGAAGUGGAAUUUUCCAGAAACACGCACAACUGGUACUGAAAGCGGAGGCAGUAUAACCAGUGAAGCACAGGAUUUAAGUGAUGACGAGAAUGCACCGCUUAAUCGCAGUGCUGCGCCGUAAAUGCAUGGAGGCAUUAAAUUAUAAAACGAAUAUUCUUAGUUAGCACAAAUUUGCAUGUUUAUUUCUGGCUAAACAUUUUAAAUCGUUGUGAUAAGGAAUAGCUUCUCUUUUUGGGUACUUUAACAUACAUAUGUAUGUAGUAUUAUAUUUGAAAUUAGAAUUAAAGAGACGCACAUGACAUUUGCGAUAAGAAACUUUUUUUUUAAUAAAUUAGUAUUUAUAAGAUUUACUUCUUAAGCAUUUUCGGGAUCGAAACUUCUUUCAUUUACUCCUGGCUCGAAAUUCUAUUAUCCAUAACCAAAAGUUUAAGCCGUUACAUACUUUAAACAAGUACAUACGUACAUAUAUAAUAAGCGAUUGAAAUUUGGAAAUUCAAUCAUCUUCGGUUAAUGAAAAUAUUGGAGUAAAUAACUUAUAAAAUAAAAUAUGAUAUCCAUGUUUAUCUUGUAUCUUCGUAAAGUGUAACAGUAAUUUAUUUUAAAUAUUCAUAUUAGAGUCAUGACCCAGAAAAUUGAGUACACUUUUCUUCAAAUAUAUAUUUUUUGUGCAUUUAUCUAAAUUGCUGAUCUAACUAUGUAUGUAUGUAUGUAUAUAUUGCUAUACAUAUUUAAAUUAAUUCA